AUGCUCAACUUGGGGUCAGUCGGACCUCACGAGGACGCUAUGGUGCCCGAGGAAGAAGUGCAGACACUCAACGAGCACGCGCCGUCGCUGGAUCCAGACUUGCCCCUAAACGAUGAGUCGUCCCUCACCGGGAUUUUGUCGGAUAAUUCGCUGGAUCUCGUCGGACAGCCACGCUCCGACGCGUCACCGUCCAGUCCCGACCGGGAGCUGGUGUUGCGUCUCUCUAUGCGGCCAGAGGUUGAGAAUACUACAUCUUUCCCCAGCCCUAUAUUUGGUAGUGUCGCCCCCGACCGAAGUGCCCCUGGCGGUGCCGCUCCGGUCAUCUAUCCGGGCGGCUGCGUGCCGACGUGUGUGCAACCCGAGCGGUCGGUGUCCUGUCGCCGCGUGCUCCGACGGCCCGCCGAUUUGCUCAGGUCCAAAAACGUGGACGAACUUGAAGAGCAGGCGGUGUAUGAGGAAGAAGACCGAAGCUCGAACGUCACGAGACGGCAUAUAUAUACGAGGUCCGUCAAACCGCGAAGUCUGUGGAACAAGCAUGAGCAGUUUCGGCGCUGGGUCUACUCACUCUUUUCAGCAGUGGUGAGCUGA